AUGCAGGCCGACACUAACAACGAAGCAGCGCUCGAUAUUGUCCCCCGUAAGAUACCGCUGUUCUGUGCCCCAACAUACCGACCUCUCGACCUCGCGAAACGCCAGAUACGGAUACUGCACAUUUUGCCAGGUCAGCGUGGUGAGCCUGUUCGCUGCACCCUCCAUACCGCAUCUCUUGACGAUAGCCCGAGUUAUGAGGCGUUAUCCUACUCUUGGGGUGAUCCGCAUAUAUGUCACAUCAUAGAAGUUGAUGGUCAACAAGCUACAGUCACCGAAAAUCUGUAUAAUGCACUCCGGAGGUUGCGAUUCGUUGACCGAACGAGGCAUAUUUGGGCAGAUGCGCUUUGUAUCAACCAAGCGGAUACGACUGAAAGGACCCAUCAAGUCAGAUUGAUGAGAAACAUUUACUCAUCCACCAUAGAAGGGAUAUUGUGGCUUGGGGAAUUCUCCAGCACCAGCGACACCGGCACGAACUCAGUUUCACAACAGACUGUUGCAACGGCAUUCAAAUUGAUCAGAUCACUGGCUGAAGACCAUCACUGGAACUCUCAAGAGCAUGCACAGUCGAUGGCAAGAGAAGAAGCAGAUGCCCUCUCUGCUCUGCUGGAUCUUUCGUGGUGGCAGCGAGCCUGGACUGUGAAGAAGCGGUUCUCCCGAAGAAAGCAACUCUGUCCUGCGGAGCAAUGCAACUACGGCUAUCGGAAGUCAAGCGUGCGCAUCUCACGUCCGUAA